ACAGCUUGUGUGUGUGUGGUUUUUUUUAUAAAGAAAAUAUGGACGAUGAAGAUAUUGGACUGUAAAAAAAACGAGUUGCGUUUAGGUUAGAUGCAUUCUGUUUAAAAAGGUCAUGAACGGGAAUGUAAACAUGAGCGGGUGAUAUCGGCGGAAUAUCGAAUACAAGAUGAUGGUGACUGUUAAAACUAUCGUUUGCAAGAAACAAGUCUAUGCAACUGUUGAUCCCUCCGAUAUCCCUCAGCGAUUGAAAGUUCUUUGGGCUUUUUCAAUGAAACAACGAGUUUUAUUUAUAGUGACAGUUGCAGGUGGCUGUGCAGAUAGCGAAUCUUUCAUUCGCAACCAGCAUGCAGAUUAGCAAAACACUCCCAUCAUGACGCAUAGCUAGAUAGAUACAAACGUCACUCAUUCACGCACACGACAACACACAAAGACAAAAAGUUGCCGACUGUCCUGAUUAGUUCCAGGGAAACGUGCAGGCGAAUUCGCACACUGCAGGUCGCCAAUGUCAUUGCACCCCAAGCACCUCAAUGGUUCUCCAAGACGAACAGAGAACACAUUGCUGGAAACCUCUGAAUCGCAUUAUUCAGUCCCGCUCACAGCGGCCUAUCUACUAGAGGCGGCUGCAGCCAACGACAGUGACUCGAUUUCCACCAGCGCAUACCAGCAGAAAAAAACGGAUGGUAGUCCCGCAAGUGGUGGUUUGCCCCGCUCCGCGUCGUUCAAAGCAGCUCUGAAUGACCCACAGCUAUCAAAGUCGCUUCAGGAUGCGACUCCAAAGCGCUCAUAUGAUGACCCUCACAGCCCUUCCAGUAACUCAAAGGCGAGAUUUGAAAGAUCGGUUAGACGCUAUUAUUACCAGCUCAGCGUCGGGUGUGGUGAUACAUCAUGCGCUCAUAAACUGUGUGCUUCCUGUAAACUGGGACCGCGGUUAACGCCCGAUGCCUCCGCCAUCAUGGCAGUGCAGCUCGCCUCACGCCCGCGCCUUUUCUUUUGCCCCCGUAUCCCGACAGAUCCGCCAGCGCCCCGUGGACCUCCAUUCUCAUCGCCAUCAUCGACACCACGUAGUUCUCCCUUGUCCAGUCCGCGACCAUCUCGGAAAGGAUCACCAUAUCCCGAUCAUACAACAGGCGAUCCGCGAUCCAGUAUGGAUGAGGAUGAACCAUCCUCGGAUCAGCUCGACGGGGAAUCUUCUCCGUCAAGUACCCUACCAUCGCGACCUUUCUUAUCGUCAUUACUUGCAUCUUCCCCCUUCGCAUCUUUAUUUAAUCCCUCCGGCGUGGAAUUAGGCUCAUCAACCUUUAAACGAUCGCAUUCUACAAGUGAACUAGAUGAUGUACAUCACGAUGACAACAUAUCGCAACCAGCUUUUGAUUCUUCACCAACCGAUGCUAUCAAGGAACAGAAUGUCCUUCGACGAGGCUUAUUCACCUUUGACGAUGGCAGCGUUUUGGGUCUGAGACUGUUGAGCAAACUUACCACCGACCACGCAACAUUGGAUAAGUCAAGCAUACGUAGUAGAUCUUCAACAGACCUUCCAAGCUUGGGUUCCAUCUCAGACCGGUUCUCAGAACCACACUGUUCGUCCACAUCGGGCCAAUGCACCCCAGUAGCAUCGAUAUCUCGCUCAAACUCUAGCGGGUCUCUGCCAGAAACCGACACAUCAACUCCAAUAAAGCCACGCACUGGCUCCCCACUCAGAUAUGUCACUAGGGCUCAUGAUCUUGUCUUUAGUCCGGCGAUUCCGGUCACCGCUCAUGGCCAUGAACAAGAUGCGUCAAGUGGGGACGAGGAGCCGCAACUAAGUCUACAGUAUCUGACUCUGCCAUUGCUUAAAUCCGCCGUCGCUACCUAUCGAUCUACCGCGGUUGAGCCGAAAUUGCAUGAGAAUGGCUCGGGUGGAGAUGAUAGACUCCUGGGAGAUCCACGAUUUCUUGUCAAUACGCUCCGAACAGUCUUUUCUGAUAGUGAUGCUCUAAAUCGAAGUUUUCUGGCGGAAACUGAGACAAGGCAUCCUUCGGGUCUUGAUAUAUCUGCUGUGCGAGAGGCCUACGAGCUAAUUCUCGAUGUGCAACCCCGCAAGACAUUUCUUAUCCCCUUUGUAAACGCGCUCGAGAUCCUGCUGGCGAGAUUACAACUCAACCUGCAUCGUCUGCAGGCUGGGGAACCGCAGAGGUUGAGGCAAAUCUUGAUUUUGCUCGAAAUUCCUCUGCUUUCAGAUAGAUCUUACCAUGAUUCUUUGCUCAAGAAGCUUUGCCUCAUCCUCGGAGCUUUGCGAGCAAAGAGUCGAUCCGUUUUGAUAAAUUGGUAUUCAAGAUAUGACCGAGAAGGAUUCGAAAAGGUCCUUAAAGUGUUUCAUCGAUAUCUAGAAGAUCAUUUCCAUCCUUCCCCACAGCCGGAUGAAGCACUAGUAGCAGCUGUGCGAACUCUCAGCAUGCUAUACCUUGCGAAUGAGAAUGCAAAGAAUGGGCACAUUGUCCCUGUUUCUGCGUUUUACAGCGAAUCCCUCAACCGUAAGCUUAACUUCAAGGACGAGUAUAAAACAUGGAAGCGGACACUUGAAAAUCCGUCGCAGGUCACGCAGUUUUCGUAUUUCAAUUAUCCAUUUCUUUUUGAUCCUACUGCAAAGACCCGGAUCAUGCAUAUCGAUGCAAUGGUUCAAAUGUCGUUGGAAUUCGAGGACGCCUUUGUCCAUCAAGCGCUGGUGGUCCAUGCGCAGAGAUUUUUGCAAGAUUCGCCAUCUGUUGUGCAACUGGAGCACAAUUUAAAGCAGGCAACAAAUCCGUUCCUUGUAUUGGAAAUAAGGAGACAGCAUCUAGUACAAGAUGCCUUAGACCAGAUACGCAAGAAGGGGGCCGACCUAAAAAAGCCACUCAAGGUGCGGUUUAUUGGGGGCGGGGAAGAAGGAAUGGACCAGGGCGGCGUUCAGAAAGAGUUCUUUCAAGUUAUUGUGAGCAUGCUCCUCGACCCCGCAUACGGCAUGUUCCUAUAUGACCAAGAAACUCGUUACUGCUGGAUAAACGGGGCGUCCUUGGAAUCCGAGAAGGAGUUUGAGCUUGUGGGGACGAUUGUUGGACUGGCACUUUAUAAUGGGGUGAUUUUGGAUGUCAACUUCCCCAAAGUCUUGUACAAGAAGCUUUUGGAUGAGGCGCCAACACUGGAGGACGUCAAGGAUGCGUGGCCGACUCUAGGAAGGGGCCUUCAGCAGCUUUUGGAGUGGUCUGACGGCGACGUUGGAGAUGUCUUCUUGCGGACCUUUGAAAUCUCUUAUGAUAUAUAUGGACAGGUCAAGCAUUUUCCGCUUGUAGAAGGAGGGGAAGAUAUUUUGGUGACCAACGAUAAUCGGAAGGAAUACGUGGAUUUGUACAUUCAUCAUUACGUGGUGGAGAGUGUGCGGCGUCAGUUUUCUGCUUUCCGAAGAGGCUUUCACAAAGUGUGCGGUGGAAAUGCACUAAAGAUGUGCCGUGCGUCGGAAUUGGAGCUCAUGAUUUGUGGCACAUCCACGACUGAUCUCGAUUUUACGGAACUGGAGCAAGGUGCCCAGUACGACGAUGGAUACGGACCCGAUCAUGAAGUCAUUCAAUGGUUCUGGGAGAUUGUACACUCUGAUAUGGAACUGGAGCAAAAGAAGAAACUAUUAAAUUUCGUGACGGCGAGUGAUAGGGUUCCUUUAAAGGGUCUUGGUGGAUUGACGUUUGUCAUCCAGCGGAACGGACCUGAUACUGACAGACUUCCCACUGCACUCACUUGUUUUGGAAGACUCCUUCUUCCCGAAUACAGUGAUAAGGAUAAACUAAGAGAUCGGUUGGUGACGGCUAUUGAGAAUGCAAAAGGGUUUGGUCUUGUCUAGAAUAGUCUAGGAUAUCUGCAUAGGUUGUGCCCAUCAUACGUAGCAUAUUUAAUUUUCUAAUACGGCAUCUGAUACAGAAGGAGAAGGCUUAUAAAGGUUGUAAAGGUGGGCCAUGGGCUCUAAUAAAGAUCUUGAGGAACGUAAUACCGCAUGUGUAUUACUUUUAAAUAUUGA